AAGACUUCCCCACGUAGCGAUCGCUUCACGAUUUGCAAUUUGCGUGAAAUUGAUCUUUCCCUCAAGAGAACGCACGCACUGAAACCACACCCUUUCCGUCAUGCCAUCGGACAAGGACACGUUGAUUGAGAUGGGAUUUAGCCCAGCCAAAGUUGCUAAAGCCUUGCAGGUGACCAAAAAUGCUGGGCUUCAGCCAGCUAUGGACUGGCUCUUUGCGCACGCCGAGGACCCAGAUCCCACGGAUGAAGAGCUCGCGUCAGGGAAUGGUGGAGGUGGACGACCGGGUGAUGUUGGCGCUGAAGAUGAAGGGGUGAUAUCACCGGAACAAGCAACGGCGCAAUCAUUGAAAUGCGACGACUGCGGCAGACUUUUGCGUGACGCCGCCGCGGCCGAGUUCCACGCCGUAAAGAGCGGCCAUACAAAUUUCUCGGAAUCGACAGAAGCGAUCAAGCCACUGACGGAAGAGGAGAAGAAGGCGAAACUAGGAGAGUUGCAGGCGAGGCUUGCUGCUAAACGGGACGAAAAGCGACGCUUGGAAGCAGAGGAGGCCAAAGGUCGAGAGAAGGUCCGCCGGGCGACAGGAAAGGAGAUGACUGAAUUAAAGGAGAAGAUAAAAGAACAAGAGAUGCAGAAAGCAUUAGAGGCCAAAAAGAGAGAAAAAGAAGAAGACCGGAGGGCCAAGGAAAAGAUUAAAGCACAAAUUGAGGCCGACAAAAGAGAACGCGCUCGACAGGCAGAAGAACGCAAGUUAGCUGCGCAAGGAAUUUCCACAACACAGCAUCAAGUGGAAGCAAAGCCCGCUCCGGCGCCAGCUAUCGUGUCGAAAAACUAUGAUGAGACACGACUACAGAUACGCCUCCCCGACGGCGCUCCGAUUACGCAAACCUUCCGUGCUGAUGACCAACUCUCUGCCGUGUAUGAUUUUGUUGCAAAGAGCCGACCAGGCACCAGCUUCAAGCUUCUCCAAACUUUCCCUCGGAAAGUCCUUGAUGGCGACGACCGCUCAAAGACGUUGAAGGAACUCAACUUGGUACCGAGCGCUGCCUUGGUGGCUCAAUAGGUCAUUGGAUUUUUGCUGGAAAUAAAUGCACAACGGCCCACACUGGAGUGUUUCGUCUUCAAGCUAUUUCGGUGCAGUAUUCAGUAUAGCCCUAUGAGAGACGAUGGAAAUAUUGGACGCAGGUCACAAGGAC